AUGACCGUCUGUCUUCUUUUACAGGACGGCAAUAUUGCUCCGACUGUCCGCUCUUUUGUUGCUAUGAAUACAAAUUUUACCAUUUUAAGUAAUCUGCCCUUGAAAGAGGGUCCGAUUGAAGAGACACUGAAUAAUACAAAAAUUUAUCACACGGCCGUCGUUAAGGACAUUGUGUCUUUGCUAAAACAGAUCACGUUUAGCAUCAACCGGCGACCGAAUACAGAAGACAUGAGACUGAAAAUUACGAAGAAAUUACGACGGAUAAAAAUGGAUGGUAACACUGGCCAUGUUCAGUUAAGCCAAAAAGGAAAACGAAAAAACGUCAAUUUAUAUUUUACUGCCAUUUUUGGAGAAAUGACUCAAGAAAUUGCUAUUUGGAAUGCGAGCAGUUCGGAACAUUUUCAAGUCUGUCCUCGAAAGAUUUAUCCAAACAUGACGUAUACAUUUCCUUUAAAAGGACGUCGUGUUCAAGUCGUCACUAUUCUGGAAAAGCCAUUCACUAUGUAUAAAAUAGACCAUCAUAAACGCACAGGUAACGACCGUUUCCGAGGGUUUGCCGUCGAUUUGAUGGACGUCGUCUCAAAGCGACUUGGAUUCACCUAUGACCUUUACCUUGUUCAUGAUGGCAAAUUUGGCUCCAAAACGGAAUCCGGAGAAUGGAACGGAAUGCUGGGGGAAAUACUUGCCGGGAAUGCUACGAUGACCAUUGCACCAUUGAGUAUCAACUCUCAACGCGAGGAGGCAGUGGAUUUCACUAAACCUUUUAUGACCCGCUACAUCAGUGUUAUCAUGAAGAAGACCAAAUCGGAAACCUCCUACUUUGAGUUCCUCAACCCCCUCUCGCCAAAGGUCUGGAUUUGCACAUUUGGUGCCUUCAUUAUCGUCAGCGUCAUUCUCUACUUCCUGGAGAAAUUGGGCAUGCGCAAGAAGAAAGAUUACCCGUCAAUAUCGUUCCGAGAAAGCUUUUGGUUCAUUUUUGGAUCUCUGCUGCAAGGAAACACGGAUGCUUCCCCAAGUACAGUCCCUGGCCGUAUCCUAACUAGCGCCUGGUGGUUCUUUGCACUCAUUCUCAUUUCAUCUUAUACUGCCAAUCUCGCAGCUUUCCUCACUGUGAAGAAAAUCAACACCCCGAUUAAGACAAUUUCGGAUCUACCAAAACAAACAAAAAUCAAAUAUGGAACAGUGAAAAGCAGCGGAGUUAUGGCUUUUUUCAAAAACACCAAAAUUGAAACAUUCGCCAAAAUGUGGGUUCAGAUGUCCGAGUUGGAUCCUUCGACCAUGGUGUCUACAACUGCCCAAGGUUACGAAAAAGUGAAGAAAGGGAAUUAUGCAUUUUUCUGGGAUACAACGGUGAGCAAAUACAAGACAAUUGAAGACUGCGAGUUGAUGGAGAUUGGACCCCGAUUCGAUCCUAAAGGGUUCGGCAUUGCAGUGCCACCUGGUGCCACCUAUCGGGACGAUCUGUCAAUGGCAAUCUUGAACCUGAGUGAUACAGGAAAGCUUCAUGAAUUGGAGAGCAGGUGGUGGAUCAAUCGGAAAUGUCCGGAUAUGAACAAGGCGUCCGGAGAAGAAACAUCAGAAUUACAACUGGAGAAUGUUGCCGGAGUUUUUUUCAUUUUGGUUAGUGGCAUACUUUUGGCUGGUGUUGUAUGUCUCAUAGAAUAUUGUACUGGACAAGUCUUGCAUCUUGGAAAGGAGACUCGAAUACGAAGAAAUAAAUCCAAUUAUAUCUAG